UUAUUAAUUCAUUAUCUAUAAAAACUAUAUAUAAUAUACACCCUUGUAUUCCCACCUUCCAAACAUUAUUAUUGUUGUAUAAAUAUAUAUAAAUCUCCAAACUCUUAAGAAAUAUUUAACAAAACAAAGAAGAAAAAAUCUCAAGAGAAGAAUGAAAAUGGAAAGUGGAAUGGUUUAUGAGAAUGAUCUGAUCAACCUCAAGGCAACCGAGCUGAGAUUGGGUUUGCCUGGUACAGAUCGUGAAACUGAGAUUACUCAUCAUCACGGUAAAGCUUUGUCAUCCUCAUCAUCUGGUAUUGGCAAGAAACGACAUAGUUCUGAUAUUGAUCAUGCUGCUACUGCUGAUCAAGAAGAUGAUCAAUCUGCUCCUCCUCCUGCAAAAACACAGAUUGUGGGGUGGCCUCCAAUCCGAGCUUACAGGAAAAACAGUCUUAUUAUUAAUCAACAACAGAAUAAUAAAGAUAAUACUAAGAAGAACAAGAAAAGUAGUAAUACUAAUGGUAAUGAUCAAGGUUCAUCAUCGGAUCAUCAGAAUAUGAUGACGAUUGGUGGGAUAUUUGUAAAAGUUAGCAUGGAUGGAGCUCCUUAUCUGAGAAAGAUUGAUCUUUCGGUUUAUAAAGCUUACCCACAACUCUUAAAGGCCUUAGAAGACAUGUUCAAGUUCACUGUGGGUCAAUAUUCUGAGAGAGAAGGCUAUAAAGGCUCUGAUUUUGUACCAACUUACGAGGACAAAGAUGGUGAUUGGAUGCUAGUUGGAGAUGUACCUUGGGAAAUGUUUAUGUCAUCAUGCAAGAAAUUGAGAAUCAUGAAAGAGUCAGAAGCAAGAGGGUUGGGGUGUGGUGUAUGAAAAACAUUGAAAGAAUAGAAAGAAAAAAAAAACGAAACCCACAGAUGUAGUGAUCAAUAUUAUUAUUCUCUUGAUUAGAAAAAAGAGAAGAUCAUCAUCAUCUGAUCACGGCUUGGGUUUUCGAGACAAGGAAAAGAAGUACAACAAAAGAGAGCUAGAGAAGGAGAAGGAAAAAAAAUGAGUUUCAGAGAGAAAGAAAAAAUUUAUUGUGUUAAUGUAAAUUGUUUUUCACACCCCAUGAUCAUAUCAUCAUAUCAUUAUGGUGAUCAUAUAAUAUUGGUUUUGUGAUGAUUAUCCAAUCAAACCAGAGUUGGCCUGAGCUGAGAGAUCUGAGAAGACUUUUAAAUUUAUGAGAUCAAUAAUGCAUGUAUAAAUUAAAUUAAAAAAGGAAGAUCAGAUAGGCAAGAAAGAAAGAAACAAAUUAGAACUGAUCGUAUGUGUCAUGUUUUUAUUUUUUUCAAGUUUUUGGUUGUGUUUCAAAAUAUAUAUUGUGAAUUUGUAAUCAUAUAUAUUAUACCAAACUAUAAGCUUUUGCAAUUUAGUUUUGUGUGUGUGAUUGAACUUGGCCAAGAAA